ACCUUUUAAAAUGUAUUUUUAAAAAAUAUAAUGUAAACGAUCUAUUGAAAAUGUCACGUGAUAUUUGUCGGUCUCAUCGUUUAAAGAUGGCGUGCAAGUAUAACCACCUGAGUUUAGUUUGUGUGUUUGCCAGCACUGUACUCUUGGAUCUCGUGGAAGCCCGCUACUGUUACUACUACUACGACUACUAUUUUGAGUACUACACCUACUACUGCACAUACUAUGUAUCUUAUGGUUCCAUUGCUGGAGGUGUUGUCGGGGCAGUGAUUGGCUUGGCAGUACUUAUUGGACUAGCGGUCUAUUUCUGCUGCAUCAGACCACGCCGGCUGGCGACAAGCGGGACAGUUUUCCAACCUGCUGGAUCCAAUGUAGCUGUGCUCUCCACCACAACUGGAGGUGUGCAGUAUGGAGGUGGGUUCGUCAACCCGGCCGCUUAUCCCCCGGGGACUCAGCCUGCCUACCCACAGUACGCAUAUCCUCCACCACAACAGCAGGACCCGUCUCCCGGGUCCCAACCUCCUCCGCCCUACAAAUAAAUUCC